UCCAUCCCACCAGCCAGAUUCUAGUUGGGUAAGCACUCGUAUGAUAUCGUUUCUUUUGAAAGAUAAAUUUGUAGACUCAUUUGAAUCAAAAUCAUAUAAAGCCUUUACUAAUAUGAUUGAG